AUGCGUCUUCUAUUGGCUAUCGGGUGUCUUGCGUUGCUGCUGGCUACCGUACUCUCGGCGCCUAGUGGCAAAGAGCAUACUGUAAGCGAGUGGGCUCCGGAGCACGGACCGUUUGGUGUGGAAAAGGAUGGUGUGGUGGAAGUUGAUGGACCCGACCACUCUCGCUCAAAACGAUGGGGCGGCUGGGGAUGGGGCCGUCCGUAUGGAAUGGGAUGGGGCCGCCCAUGGGGAUGGCGUCGUCCGUGGGGCGGUGGAUGGGGAGGAUACGGUGGAUACGGUGGAUAUGGAUGGGGACGUUAA